CACGUAUAGAGUAGAAAAAGAACACGUGGGAAAAGCCUAGCCUGGAUUGUAUGAUACAACUAAGCUCCUUCAUCCUUGGAAAACCUCAACACUUAGAUUUACAGCUUCUCAGCCAUGGCGGCCUUCAUAGCCAGAAAGCCAAGAAUAUUAUUCUCAUCCUCACUGCAUCUUAGAGCAACGGCUAACGAUUCCUCUUCAUCAGUUACGGCGGCGGCGGCCCAUGGCGGCGGUUCCUCAUUCAGGCGAGCUUCAUCUUCUUCAUCAUCAUCAUCAUCACCUCCAUCAAGUAAUUCAACGAAGCCGGAGAAGAAACUUGUGGACCGAUUAUCCGGCGUGAUUGACGCCGUCAACGAUCGGAAGCUCCCACCCGAGCUACGUGGACAACGAAACGCCGUCAGGUCAGAGACUGACAUAAUAAAUGUUGUGGAGCAAAGAAUAUGGCAUUCGAUGGAAGAAGGUGGGUUUGAGAAUUUAGCAGGGAAAGGGAAGCCUCUUAAGCUUGAUAGUAGUAAUCCUCAUGCUGACCCAGCUGAGGACACCUUGUAUAGAAUCCUUUCCAAGAAUAAUUGUGCUCCUGAAUGGGUUGAACUCAACAAAGAGAUCAGGAAUCAUAUAUGUGAGUGGAGAUCUUCUUUGAAGAAAGCUUCUAGAAAAUACAACAAUGGUGAUGCUGGUGGAGAUUAUUCAGAUAACUCUGAUUGGAUUCAAGCUUCUGAGGCUUUAAAGAUGCAAUUAAAAGACAUCAAUAACAAGGUUUUCCGGUAUAACUUAAUUGUUCCUUUCGGACGGCAAAUGUUUGGGUUGAAAUGGGAGAAGGAGUUGGAUCGCUUGGAUGCAGAAGAAUAAUUCUUUACUAUUUGAUUUUGUGUAUUAUAGAUAGUUUAUGGGAUAGUACUUUGUUGUGUUGUAAUAUAAGAAGAGGACAAAGACAAUGAUACAUAGAAGAGAGUUCAUAAUGUUUUAAAUAGUAGUAGUGGGUAAUAUUGUAAUUUUAUCUAUAACUGGAAAUUAUAAUGUGAUAGUCGCACCAUAGAAUAAGAAUUAUGGAAAUAACCACCUCAAAUAUUGGAAUUUGCAAAA